GACGACGGUGCGCAGAAAGCAGAUGCCAAGGACGAUAGACUUAUCAAGGUCAAAGGCCUGGACAAGCAGCAGCUUUGCAUCGACCUGCUGAUGGUGGGAUGCGUUCAGUCCUACGUGGACUUCUUCUACAUCACCCACCGCAAGGCGGCACCGAAAGAAGGAGCCAACGAGGAUGAGGUGAAAGACGUGGUCAUCCCAGAAGAGACUCUCAUCUUCCUCAAGGUUCCUAGUGGUGGUUUGCUUCGAGAGUUGAUGUCGCAGUACUUUACCUUCUAG